CCCAAGUGCUCCUUAAAGCUUCCUGCCUGGGACGACAUAACCAACGCCCUGCCUCGACUGCACAUCCCAGCCAUGCCGGCCGUGCGUACCAAGCGCGGCUGGUGCGGCUGCCUCCAAGAUGACGAACCACCCGAAAUCACUUAUUGUGUUGUCGAGAACACAGGAACCCUCACCCUGCAAGCCAUCACCCCCACGCAACCGAUGCCUUCUCAGGAAGAACUGGAUACCAAAUUUGCCGAACUCGUGGAAGAGCUCGACUUGACUGCUCCCAACAAGGCGGCCAUGAUGAGCCUUCCUCCACAGAAGAAGUGGCAGAUAUAUUGCUCAAGGAAAGGCGGAGAAGAUACAGUGGACCAAACCCACGCCCCGGAACAUUACGUGGAAAGACUCCGGACUUUGGCAACUUUGCAGUACCCGGAGUCGAACGCUGAGGAGGAAGUCAGAUCUAGGACGAAACAAAUCGACGGCUUAAAGACGGCGCUGAGAACAUCCACGCACAGUUUUGUGAUAAAGUUCAUCGAAUUAGAUGGCCUUACAGCCCUACUGGUCUGCCUGGAGAGGAUGGACUACUUCACGGCUCAAAGCUCCAUCCACACCAGCAUCAUAGGGUGCUUCAAAGCUCUUAUGAAUAAUUCUACUGGCAGGGCACACGUCCUAGCACAUCCCACUAGCAUAAAUACUAUAGCUCAGUCCUUAAGUGCAGAAAACAUAAAAACGAAAAUCGCUGCCUUAGAAAUCUUGGGAGCGGUCUGUUUGGUGUCUGGAGGUCACAAGAAGGUCCUGGACGCCAUGUUGCACUACCAGAAAUACGCUUUUGAGAGAACACGGUUUCAAGGCAUUAUAAAUGACCUAGACAGGUCUACAGGCGUCUACAGGGAUGAAGUGAAUCUCAAAACAGCUAUAAUGUCUUUCGUCAACGCUGUACUAAACUACGGCCAAGGUCAGGAAAAUUUGGAGUUCAGGUUACACCUCCGAUACGAGUUCCUCAUGCUGGGCAUACAGCCCAUAAUAGACAAGCUCCGAGGCCACGAGAACGAAACACUGAACAGGCACUUGGACUUCUUCGAAAUGGUCAGAAACGAGGAUGAAAAGGAACUGGCGAGGAAGUUCGAACAAGAUCACAUCGACACAAAGAGUGCCACGGCGAUGUUCGACCUGCUAAGAAGAAAACUGUCCCAUACAGCAGCGUACCCCCACCUGCUGUCUCUUCUGCAGCAUUGCAUCCUACUACCCUUAGAUUACGGCUCCCAUCCCCAGCAUUGGCUGUUAUUCGAUAGGAUAGCGCAACAGGUGGUGUUGCAACACAGUGGAGAUAGUAAACCUAAGGAUCCAGACGUCUCUCCUAUCAGUAUCAAUGUGAAAGAGGUCGUUCAUCUGCUAGCCAAAGAAGAAGAAUUGGUAGCCGCCAGGAAGAAAGCUGAAGAGUUAGAGAAGGAAAACGUUGAUAUGUCGAACAGGCUGGCAAAGAAGGAACAAGAACUGGAUCAGAGGACUCAGGAGAAGGAAGAUAUAGAGACUAGUUUGUCCAGGAUUAAGGAAAGAUUAGAAAAGGAGACUAGUUCCCAUAUAGAAACAAGGCAAAGAUUGAACGAGCUGGAGUACCUCGCCGCCGACCUAGACCGCCAGGUCAAUUGCGAACGCGGCGAACGGCACCGGCUAGAGCGCCUGGUCAGCUCGGGUUCUCUACCGGAUGACGCCAAAGCUAUGGGCCUCAACAAGAGCCUAGAAACCAACCCUGUGGAAUGCAGGAACGACUUCGUGUGCGCCCCGCCACCUCCACCUCCCUUAGCACCACCUCCACCGCCUCUCGCCCCACCCGGACCACCCCCACCCCCGUGCGCGCCCUUGGCGCCUCCCACCGAAUCGUUCAAGGUCGAACAAGUGAAGAAGAAGAACAUUCCUCAGCCGUCCAAUCCCCUUAAGAGCUUUAACUGGUCCAAGUUGCCCGAUACCAAGUUGAACGGUACCAUUUGGAGUGAAUUGGAUGAUACGAAACUGUACACCACCAUGGAGUUGGACAGUAUUGAUAAAUUGUUCAGCGCGUACCAAAAGAACGGAGUUGCUAAUGAAGGGUCUAUAGAAGAUCUCAGACAGCUGGGAAAGAGCCGUACCAAAGUUUUAUCGGUCAUCGACGGUCGUAGGGCACAGAACUGCACGAUCCUCUUGUCGAAAUUAAAGAUGUCCGAUGAGGACAUUACAAAAGCCAUCUUGAGUAUGGAUAAUAAGGAGCAGUUACCAAUAGAUAUGGUGGAGCAGUUAUUGAAGUUCACUCCUAGUCCGGAAGAGGCUGCUUUACUCGAGGAGCACAGUGAUGAGAUCGACUCUUUGGCGAGAGCGGAUCGGUUCCUUUACGAAAUAUCCAAGGUUCCCCAUUAUGAGCAACGUUUGCGUAGCCUUCACUACAAGAAGCGUUUCCAAGUCACCCUCAACGAGAUUCUGCCGAGGAUCACAAGCGUCAUGGAAGCUUCCCGGGAGGUGUCAAGAUCUCGAAGGUUAAGAAGGCUCUUGGAAAUAGUCCUCGCUCUGGGCAAUUACAUGAACAGAGGAGCUAGAGGUAACGCUUCUGGAUUCAGAUUGACUUCCCUCAACAGGCUGGCCGAUACCAAAUCCAGCGCUGCCAAGGGAACCACCCUUCUUCACUACCUCGUGCAGAUCCUUGAAAAGAAAUUUAAAGACAUUCUUCGUCUCGACGAGGAUCUGCCUCAUAUCCGGGAAGCCGCCAAAGUGUCUCUUGGUGAGCUGAACAAAGACAUGGCCCAGCUCAGGGUGGGACUGAAGGACGUGGCAAGGGAGAUCGAGUUUCACCGCAGCCAGAGCCCUCUGGCGAACGACAAGUUUGUGCCUGUUAUGAGGGAGUUCCAAGCAACGGCCACUUGCAGACUAGCAGAAGUCGAAGACCAGUAUCAAGACAUGAAGACGCGUUUCGAGAGAGCCGUCCGCCUCUUCGGGGAAGACACGACGAACGCCCAGCCGGAUGAAUUCUUCGGAAUCUUCGACGCCUUUCUCAGCGCCCUGAUGGAAGCGCGCCAGGACAACGAGAACAUGCGACGAAGACAGGAAGAAGAGGAAAAGCGCGCGAAACAAGAAGCGGACCUGAAAAAAUUGACAUUGGAGAGGAAGCACAGCCGGGAAGGCAUUUUGUCGUCGAUUAACAAGAGUUUGAGUUUGAAAAAUGGAGAGAAGAACGGCGAUAAAGGCGAGUUCGACGAUCUGAUUUCGGCUCUGAGGACCGGCGACGUUUUCGGGGAAGAUAUGGCCAAGUUCAAGAGGUCGAGGAAGAGCCGGAUUGGUACUGGGACCUCCCCGCCGAGAAGGAACUCCGCCAACAGGGAGGACAGCAGAGAACGCAUAGUUACCACCAACAGGAGACAGUGAUUUCGUUUUAAGAGACAGUAAGUUUUUAUCACACAGACUUUUUUAUUUUGUGGAUCAACUUUCGGACCAAACCGUUAGCAAUAACAUUGCUAAUCGCCACCAUUUUUUACAUAAUAUCAUUUUAACUGCCAAAAAUGCUUUUUAGAUAAAUUGUAGUAUGAGAGAGGUCCGUUUGUAUUUCACGAACCCCUUGAUUGUGGAAAGUAGCCUUAAACCAUCCGCCUUACGGCGGUGGACAUUUUAGGAUAAACUUUUAUAAAUUGCGCCUAGUAUUAUAUGUAAAUGUACCAUAUUAACGAUCAUAUUUAUUAAGAUUUUCUACGAUUGCCACGUGCUUUGAAAUCGUGAACGAUCGAGGGACAAAUGCAGCCACCAAAGAUUACGUAAUACUUCAGUUUCAAAUUAUACGUUAAUUUAAAACAAUGUUCGGAGAAUUUGUGUCAAAAUUUAUAGACUUGUUUAUGAUUUCAAAGCACUGGAAUGUAAUUAUGAAACAUAUAUGUUUGUAAAAUGUAGCUACGUAGAUUUAAUGUUUAUAUACUUUUGAACCUAGAACGAUUGUGCUAUGCAUUGAAAUGGAACUGAUAUAUACAUUUUAAUGUUGAAUAUAUUAUUGUUAAUUUAUUUAAA